CAUUGCAAACUAUCUGUUGACAAAGUGAACAGUUGAUGGCGACCAUGGUAAUGGCUGGGCUAGCCUGGUCGCGACUAGCCACUCACUGUAACGCCCGUGUCGCGCGUCUCAACCGUCGGUUGCUGCGCGGGGGGCCGCCAUCAGCUGUUGGAACAGCCGCGCGCACUGCUGGGACCGCCGGCGAUCGUUGGCAAACUGCAGUGCACCACGCAAGCGCCAACUUGCCCGUGCACUCCUCCUCCUCCACCAGCUUUGCCCACUUGGCCCCCCUCACCUCCCAAACUCAUUGCUGCUGUGGGCAGUGCAGGGUGUGGGCCAUCGUCGCUGCAUGUGAUUGCAAACUCUUGAGAAAGCGCAGAAAAGAGCCUGAGUGCCUUUCUCUGUCGUUCUCUGCUUUUUCGCAUCCCAGGAACGGAUCAGGCGCGCGAGGAGCUGGAGUAGAGGUUCAGCCUACCAGUACGACGCUUGAAAGGUCGACAUCUUACGUGUCCUCAGAGUUAACUCCCCUUUCCCUCCUCUGUCGCCGGCGAUGGCUUCAAGCAUGCAGCAGCUCAAGUCCCCCACCCGCCACCGCAGCCGCUCCAAGUCCCCCAAGCGUCACCAGGACAAGCGCCACAGCCACAGCCACGGCCAGCGCCACAGUCACGGUCCAAUGCACAAGCAGCUGAGGACCCUCAAGAUCACCUCCCGCUCUCUUGAGGAAGAGGAGUUCUGCCUUCACCCCGGCGCCUUGCAGAACCGAGAGGUUCAGGAGUCCGAUGGCAGUUUCUUUGAGAACUACACGGCGUUGGCAUGGAGACAGGAGAACAAGCGGCUUCGUGCGGCCAGCGAGGGAGAAAAGGAUGCAGACAAGCCCCCGCCCCUCGAGAUCCAGUUCGCCGCCAAGCCCAAGGUCCACAGACUUUCAAAGAAAGAGUUCGAGAUGCUGUAUAUCGAGGUGCUGUACACAGUCAAGCACAAGAUUGGAGCCACCAGUGGCAGUCACUCCCCCUAUCAGCAGGACCUCUUCCAGUAUGCCAAGGAGGCCUUUCGUGUGACCCCAGAGGACCAUGCCCGACUUCUGGCCAAAGCCACGGAAGAGAAGCCUCCCAUCGUCGUCCUCAACGUGACGGUUAUUGAAGCUGCAGGACUGGAGGCGAAGGAUGCCGAUGGUUACAGUGACCCCUACUGCAUGCUGGGAAUCAUGCCGGGGAGGUCCUCGCAGGACAACGACUCCGGAGGCGUCUUCUCGUCGGACGAGGAGCCGCAGCGAACGAAAGACAAGGAGCGAGAGAAGGCGGAGAAAGACAGGCAUGGCGCCAAACGGUUUUCUUUGCACAGGAAGAAGGACCGCACCAGCCAGGUCAUCCGGGGUCAGCUUCCAGCCCGGCUCAUCCGCACUACUAAGGUCAAACCCAACACCCUCAACCCAGUCUGGAAGGAGCGUUUUCGGUUUGAUCUGGACGAUGUCAGUUGCGACACGCUUCACUUGGACAUCUGGGACCACGAUGACGAGUCCUCGGUGGUGGAGGCGGCCAAGAAGCUCAACGAGGUGUCCAGCUUCAAGGGGCUUGGUCGCUACUUCAAGCAGGUGGCGCAGUCGGCGCGUUCCAAGAACAGUGGUGCCAGCAUGGACGACUUCCUGGGCUGCGUCAACAUUAGUCUGGAUGACAUUCCCUCCACCGGCAUAGACAAGUGGCACAAGCUGGAGGGUCGAACCUCACGAUCCAACAUCCAGGGUGAGAUCCACCUGCGCCUGUGCCUUGCCACGCGCGAGGACCGCGGCAUCGCCGAGGACGACAACUGGACGGACGUGCGGCAGCACGAGGACCUCACGUGCAUCUUCGUGGAGCACGAGCUGCAGAAGUUCAGUGACCUGUCCUUUAAGUGGAACGGAGAACUGCCCCAGGAGGCGCGAACCAUCCUACACCAGCAUGCCAUCCAGGGCGACAUCACUGAGGUGCAGCAGGCUGUCUGCCGAUGGCUGGCGUACAGCCGCAAACACAUGGAGCAUCCACUGAACUACGACCUUCUUCUUGGACUCUUGACCGACUUGCAGCGCCUGUGGGACCCCGAGUGUUUGUCCAGAGAGGAGGAGGAGAGCCUGGCCGAGUCCUUUCAGAACUUCUCUGAGUACAGCCUGAGUCUGACGAGGAAGAUACGAGAGAUCUUCCCCACCACCAACUCCACGGCCUUCGCGCGCCUGGAGGGGAUGCUGAGGGUCCUGGCCACCAUCUACAGCUCCAAAGUCUUCCGCCAGUGCUGUCCUUUCCACAAGGAGCUUCACUCCGAAGUCUUGGCGAUAGUCAAGAAGGGAAACCAGGAAUGGUAUGAGCGGAUCAACGGCUCUUGUCGAUCUUUGCAAAAGAAAGAAGAGGAUUGCCUUCAAACUUUGAUUGAUCUGAUCAACCAUGUCAACAUGGAGGUGUACCGCGCCUACCACUUCUACAACAAGCUGUUUGAACAAUACACUCACGUCCAUUACUUUGGAGUAGUUUACAAACAGUUGGAAAAACUGCUGUCAGCUGAGGUUCCAAAGACACUGGAGGAAGAGCUGGGAGAAGAACUGAACCAGGAUAUAGCCAAGAUCAUGCAUCAAGCAUCACUCAAACACCUGUCCUCUGGUGACGCGCCCAGCCUGACCGUCACGCGCUACUACGAGUGGUUUCGCUUCGCCGUCAGUCGCUGGCUGCACAUCGCCCAGCAUCGCGCCGAGCGGAGGAUCAGGAAGGCCGUGGAACUGGAAAAGGUGGCGCAGGCGGACGCGGCUGUCAAGUACAGCACUUCGGCCGUCGACGUCUGCUGCUGUUUCACUCAGAUUACAGAGUUCUGGAAGCAGCUGGCCUGGCCGGACAAGGAGGGUUCCUACCCAUUUGUUUACAAGAUUGUGGAGGAUCUGUGUAACUGUGCCAAGCUGUACGCCGACCUCGUGCACGCCAAGCUGAUGGACCACGGUUACUAUGACGACGAGGGCCAGUUCGAUGUCACUGAGGAGCUGUGCAUCACCAUCAACAACAUCGAGCAGGUAAGGCGCUCUCUGAAGCAUCUGCCCACCAUCCUGGACAUCAGCGAGAUCCAGCAGGCCAUGGAGCUGGCCAGCUCCCCCCAAGCGCAGGCCUCCAACACCUCCCUUCACGCCGUCCUCAAGUCCGCCGACGAGGAGAUGAUCCGCAAGAUCCGACAGGUGGUGGACAGGGUGGCCGACAAGAUGCGCCCUGACAUCAAGAAAGAUGUGUUUCAUCUGAACUGGGCACCCGAAUCUCUUCCUGCAGACGAGGCCAUCGGCGACCUCCUGGAGUACCUGGACAGCAACCUGUUGACUCUGAACAAUAACCUGCUUAAAACCAACUUCCAUCGCAUCCUUGCUUCCAUCUGGCAAGAGGUCCUGGAAGAGUUUCGUGAAGUCAUGGACACUGAAGAGAUGAGGCCUCCAAGCUGCUACCAGCGCAUGUUCGAGGCGCUGGGCCUCCUCGUGGACUUCUUUCACGCGAACGGCAAGGGGCUGGAGAUGGACGACAUGGUCAUCGACGAGUUCGAGAUUCUAAGGAAGCAGCUGAACCUUCAUAAAAUGGACACGAUGUCACUCAUUGAAGCUUUCUUCGUUGAGAAAACAGAAAUACAGCAAAUGACCAGCACCACCGAGUAUGGCCUGCUGAAUGUGCGGGUUGUGUACAAGUACGAGUCUCACACACUCCUGGUUGAAGUUCUGAGCGCCAAAGAUCUCAUUCCUUUGGAUGCCAACGGUUUCAGUGACCCCUACGUGCUGGUGGCGCUGUGUCCAGAACACGUGUUUCCUAACAAGUCCGUGCAGAGCACCAAAAUCAUCAAGAAGACCUUGAACCCAACCUUCGACGAGUCUUUUGAAUUCAACGUGUUGCCGAACCAGUGUCAGCACCAUGGCGCCACCUUGAUGUUCACGGUCAUGGACCACGACCUCGUCUUUCAGAACGACUUUGGAGGGGAGGCCUUCCUGGCGCUCUCGGAGGUUCCGGGUAUCAAUGGCGAGGAGGUCUCGGGGUUCGAUGCCCUUCACGUCACCUCGCUGCCACUCAUCCACCCGAAAGUCGCUGAGUACGGUGCGCUAGCGAUCCUCAAGAAGCGGUCGUGGGAUGCCGAGGCCCAGGAGUUUGUCAAGAAGCGUUGCAAGAUCGAGGACCUGGCCACGUGAGCAUGCCACCGCCCACCUGCUACACCCAGCAUAUCAUCUGCGCCUGCGCACCAGCACACUUCCGCCGAUAUGUACAGUACUUGUCUGUGCAGCACAACCUCCCACCCUCCACACCCAUGAGGAUUUGCUACUGUCUCCUUCAUAUUUAUCUUCUUCGUCUCACCUGGCGUGCUUCAGCUGCAGAUGCAAGAAAGACUAAAACAUCCCCACUGUUUGCUGUUUAUUUAUUUGUUUGUUUUCAAGAGAAAGUUCCUCUGUUGAGUUGAGGGACAUGGCAUAAUGUGUGUUGCUGAGUGAAGAAUGACUUAAAACUUGUACUAUUUUACUUUGUACUAGCACAUCAGUUAUAGUAACACUUAAAAUAUUUUGAUAAUUUCAACUGGACAAUUAAUUUACAUGUUAUCAAACUAAUUUUGUUUUUAUCCGAUUUUUUGGUUUUGUUUUGUGGAAGGAUUGAAAUGUAAUACAUGGGAGAUAAUUCCCAGUUCCUUCCUUCCGCUCAUGUUCAGCGACUUGUCUCCCUUAACUGUCAUCGAGGUUAUGUAGGCUGUUGAUCAUUGGCGUCACGAAUCUGUCGAUAUAGUAAUGUAGUUCUAAAACAGUUCCGUUUCGACAAAAUGUGAUUCAAAGACUGCACUAGAUGGUUAUUUUUUUUUUUAUCAUUCUUGGCCAUUCUUAGUAAUGACUAUAAUUCAGUUCCUGAAGAUAGCUCGUGGGUACAAUGUGCGUGAAUCACGGGUAACAGGCCCCGAAUGUCCUGAGCAGUCACGUGAUUUCCAGCUGAGGUAUGGAAGGGGGAGUUGUUUUAAAUGAACUGGGUGAAACUGAAAGAUGGGUGGUGUAAAUUGGUUAUAUUAUAUGCCACUGAGCCGAGAUGUCUGACACAUGAGACUGUUGAGCCAUUGUUUCCUUGCCUUGAAUUUCUUGAUCGUUGUAUUCGCUUAUUAUUAUUAUUAUUAUUAUUAUUAUUAUUAUUAUUAUUAUUAUUAUUAUUAUUAUUAUUAUUAAGGACUUUAACGAUGAUGCUCAUGUUGAAGAAGAAGUGGAACAAUGUAACAUGUAGCAUCUGCUUUUUUCCCCCGAAUGAAAACAGCAUUCACCUCGUCCAUAGCCAUCUUCAGAGAUUUUCAUGGCUACUGCAUUUAAUGGCCUGCAGUAUUGUUUAACUGUAUGCCUUGGUUGCAAAUAUUGAUUUAUAACUAUAAUAUAUAUCAUUUCUACUGACUAACAGUCGUGUGGAAUGAUCGCCGAUGCUCCUGUCCGUGUGAUCAUAAUUGAAAAGCUUAUCAAACAAACUGACAAACUUAUGCGCAGUGGUUUGUAUAUAAAUUUUGCACUUUUCCAUUCAUCGUUUAGUCUGUUCAGUAUGUUUUCAUCCCGUUCAUCACGACUUUCAGAAUGAACACCAGCAAGGAAGUUCUUCACAGUUUGUUUUCCCAAGCUCUUUUCCUUCAAGUGCACUUGUACAACCGAGUUUGUUUACAACUUGUACAGUCAAUCAUAUUUGUCACUUGCUCUUUUGCAAAGCCAGUCGUCUUUGUUUGAUGUCAAUCAACAUGUCUAGUGAAUAUUUUUUUGCACAACCAACCAGCAUUCUGGAAGUCACGUGACAUUUUCUGGCAAGCACUUUUACAAAAUUUUUCUGAUACUUGUUUUCAGUUGCUGCCUGCAAGAGUUAUUUACUUUUAUGCGAGUAUUUGAUUUUUCGAAAAUUAAGAUCAAAGUCGUUUUAUUUAUGUCGUCACAUUGUUUGAAAGUGUAAUUAUAUUCUUAAUGAAUUGACAGUAAUGUGACCGUUAAAUGGUAUUUAACAUUCGAUCUUGUGCGUUUCCUUUUUCCUACGAUGGGAUCGUGUUCGAACCGCUCUGAUAAUCAAAACAAGUCAACUGUUGUCAAAAAAAUAAAUAAGUAAAAGAAAAAGGAAGUCUUAAAAAAUAGAAUUUCUUAAUUUAGUUUGUAAUUAACUUUUGUUUCAAAAAUAUUGGGGUUCACGAAUAGCUGCUUCAAUGGAAAGAAAAAUGUCAAUGCAUUGAAACUUGCGCGUUUUAAGAUCGAAUAUUAUAGUAAAAUACUAAAAGAUUUAUACGGUAAAAAUAUUUUAUUUUUCGACUUUUGUCAAGUGCAAAUCAUCUCGGUCUUGGUGGCAACUUAAACAUGUUGCACCAGACAAUCAUUUUACUCAAUCUCUUAGUUUUUUAUAUUUCAGAUGGCAUUUCAGUAAAAAUUAACAGUUUGUGUUAAAUUUUUUAUUAUUUCUCUAAAAUUGUCAUUGUUCAGAAGCAUUUUUGUGUGUUUUAGUGUUGUCCAUCUUUUUACAAAGGACUUUAAUUGCGUUUUUGUGCAAGUAAGUGUUAAUAUUUCCUAAAACAAAAGUCCAUCUCUAUCGCAUCUCCACACGCCCUACUAGCGAGAGAUGGGAGAUAACAUUUUACCUAGUGUCAUCGGUUUGCUGGAGUUUUUUCCCUUGCAACAGGGAAAUCUUUGUCUUUGCAUUCCAGAUAAAAUUCAUUCUUACAAAAUAAUAUUUGUUUAAAUACGCUCUUUUGAAACAGGUUAGAAGUCAAUCUUUCGCUUGGUUUCACUUGUUUAUCUUAAAAAAUGCUUUAUUAUUCGAUCUCAUAUUAGUGGUAUUGAUAGAAGAGAAAAAAAUAAAAAUAUAGAAAUGCUGUCGGUAUAGAUAUUCUGUUGCGAGGAAAAAAAUAAUGAACAAGAUUGCUACUGUUUUCGUCACCAGUUUUAGGAACUGAUUUAGACUUCACGUAAUGUUUAUCUAUUGUUAAAAGUUUGUACCCAAGCUGACACUUCGUAGUCACACACGACAGUUUGUCUUAUUCUGCAUUCCAAAUAGUUGCUCUUAGUGUGUUGUCAGACACUGAUUUCUCUGCCAGAGCUUCACUUCUCCUGUUCACAGACUUGCUUAUGGCUUUACUGGUCUGCCCUCUCCGAUUUAAAUAUUUCCCUGACUCACAUACCAGGUAUUGCCUCUGUAAAAUCAUCUCUCGCGCACCUGUCUGUAAAAUGUUGUCAGACAUCUCGUGAGCAUACAUGACUGAAAACUUGUUUAAUGUUUCACAUGUCUCUGUAAAAUCUUGUCACUGUCUGACAUCUCGUGGACACACAUGGCUGAAAACUUGUUCAAUGUGUCACGUGUCUCUGUAAAAUCUUGUCACCGUCCCACAACACAUGCCUGCCUGUCUGUGAGAUCCUUCACUAUGUCACGUGUUAAACACCCACGUUUGUAAAAUUUUCCCCCGUCCCACGUUUCACUCUGCCCCAGCAUGAUCAUCGCUUCUUUCUUACUUAUUGUUUGUUAUUUUCAUAUGUUGUCACUUUCUUUCUUAUUUAUUGUUUGUUAUUUUCACGUGUUGUCCCUUUCAGGAUCAUUUGUCUUUUGUCCAAAAGACAUUAAAAUAAUUCUGAAAAACAAA